AUGGGAGCCACCGAGAUUCAGCAACAACACAUUGGCCGUGAAGUCCAGCAACCGCAACAUGCCGACACCACAAUGAUGAUGAUGAAAGAACCCAGACGGUCGUCCACCACCGUCGCAUUGUCCGAAUCCGAUUUCUCCUCCUCCUCAUCGGCCGCCACCUUUCGCGGUUUCAAGCGAGUGCGAUUCCACGAGGAGGAGCAAGCCGCCAUACCAUUGCCCCCCACCGUGGUCAUCCACCAAUACCCCCAAGCCGCCUACAAUGCCGAGAAUCCAUCCAACUUGUUCUUGUCGACGCAACAGCAAGUCCAACAAUCUCGUGAGAUUCGAACUCACGCCGCUCAAACAUGGAGUUGCUUGGGUGUGGCACAAGGGCUACGAGAUAUUCAUCACAUUCCCGUACAAGAACGGAUCGAUCGCAUGGUCGCACUACCCCUCGAGACACGGGGAUUGGAAAAGGAACUGUGUCCCCAAUUCAAACAACGCUCGUUCCAACUCAAAGACCGUGUCGUGGAGACCGUCUUGGAAUAUCAAGAGCAGUUGCGAAAACAACAACAACAACACAAUCAACAACUACACAACAAGAACCCCGACAAAAUUAUUGCCAAGGCCGCCAUGGAAAUGUCUCAUGGCGCACGGUGCAUGGCCCGGGUCGUGGCAUUGGCGGAUCAACACUAUGUGCGCCAUUGUAUGGAGGAGGAGGAAGAACCACAACAACAAUCACGACAACCAUCGUUGGGCCCCAAGAGUCGUUCCGACUCUUGCCUCCAGGAUGCGAUGCGACAAGGGGACAAUGACAACAACAACAGCAACAACAACGAUGACAGCACUCGCCAAGAGGACGUGCGCCGUCGACCGGAGGGACAACAUAGAAGGAAGAAAUCUUCCUCUAGUAGGUCCUUGUCUCCACGGAGGAUAUCGCAAAGCGUCUUCAAACUAGGCCAUUCCGUGAGCAAAAGGGUCCUCAAGGCAGGAAGUCUCCGCGGUUUUCCCCUGGAGUCAGCAUCGAAACUUAGUAUUCCGAAAGACUACGAGCUAGACAAAGAGGGCGCAGCUAGCCAGCUAUAG